UCGAACACGAAGAAAGGAGAUCGUGUCGUACUCAGUCAGCGCAAUGCCUCCGAGACUGUCCUUGUCGUCAUGUAUCUGCCCAUCAGCUCCUUUUCUACUCCCCGUCACCGCCCGCAUAGCUCUCCGUGGAUCACAACGACAUCUUCAGCCAUGGGUUAUGUCUUCAACCUACGCAAGGACUGUCACAACGCCAGCCAAAGAGGGAUAUUCCAAGUCGGAAUCGAAACAGGAUAGAUCCAAACCCAAGACGAAACACAUUCCUUCACGGUUCUUGAAUCAGCAAAAGGGAGAUAACGUCGCAAGACGACCUCUCGGUCUUCCUGAGCCUGUGCGGCUUUUCCGUGAACAAAUAUACGCUCGUGACCUUGACAAGGCAAUGGAGAUGCUGCCAGGUUUGGCGGCAAACAAUCUCAUGACGCCACACAACACGCUCUUGAUCACCGCGCUUCUUCACAAUACAGCUCGUACACUACACAGGGACCUAUUGAGGAAGAAUAUCGAAAAAUACCUCUCAUAUGUCAGAAUUUUAGUCCACCAUAUUCAAAAUCGAUCAAUCCCUCCUCAUCACGCGGCCCUCGUCCACCUCAUCUCAUUCUUCAAGGUCGCGGGCCAUUGGCAGGAAGGAAUCGACUUAUGGACUUGGUGUCGUGCACAAGACGAGACAUACGUGGAUGCGUCUGUGUAUGGAGCUGCCAUAGAGAUGCUGGCAUACCACGGCACCAUGUCAUUAGAGGAGCUCGAAGAGCUGUAUCAGGAAGGACUAACUCGCUUCCCUUCCACUUUUGCGGAGUAUCAUAUGUCGCCAGAAGCUGUCGUACUAGAUCGUACACAACUUACCACAAUUGCAGGUCUCCCCAUGACCCUACUUCAAGGGAUUCUGACCGCGCGACUUGUACAUGGCGACUGGAAAAACGCCUAUCUAGCGCUCGACGUUGCUUUCCGAUUGUACCCUACACAAGUGCCACCUCGAAUCUUUGAGAUCUUCUUCUAUGAGAGGCCGCUCUCGGAAGCCUUCACGGUAACGUUAAUGGCCGCUCGUUCCGGAGUGAUCCUCAGGCCCGGCCAUCUUAGCGCUCUCCAAACGAGGCUUAAUGGUGCGAACUGGUACAAUACAGCAGAAGAACAAAUUUUGACAAUACAGAGCUCGGUCGUUGCAAUGCAAGCUUCCCUUGGAGGUGGGGGGUCUUUGCACAAUAUGCACCUCUCGAAUCUUAUCAAAGGCUUUGAGGUUCUACUUCCAAGCCGUUUCAAAAAUGCCGACGACGCACAGGAUGCCGAAGUGAGAGACUGUGUUAUUUCUACUGUUCAGAAGAUUGUUGCAAAUUUCAACGACGCUGGCGUAGCCAUGAGCCGUGUCGUUCUCUGUACGCUCAUAGGUCUCUAUGGGAAAGCAAGAGCAUCAGAAGCGAUUGGAUCGAUGAUUGCAGAGAUGACUGCUCGUGAAAUUGAGCACGACGAAAUUUCAUGUCGAGUCCUUGUUUCCGCGUUCGGCGACGCAGGAGAUGCUAAGAGCGUGGAAUCAUGUUGGGAAAUGCUCGUUGCGUUCGCUGAAUCAAAGGGUAAGCAAGUCUCUGAAGCGGACUGGAGGACGCUUGCAAGAGCUAUCAAGUUUGCGAAGAACACUACCUUCCUCGAGAAGCAGUACGAGCAUCUUAGCCAUACGCUUACUACCGAUAUCAAAGAAGCGAUUACACGGGAAUUAGAAAAGGAGCGAACACUACCAGAGAAAAAAGGAAUGCCCAUGGAUGCGGCCGCAAUGGCCCCUGGGAUGGAAUCGAUCUACAAUCGCGUAAGCCAACUUCUCGCGCUCUUCAAGUCUGGUAGUCUACUAGACUUCAAGCUUUCGCCAACUCCUUUGUUCAUCGACCCAGCUCGUCCGGCUCUUGGGUCCGUCGAAGAUCUUCGUGCUAUUUACGACGAACUCACGACCGACCCCCGUCAACCCCCACCAGGAGAUUCCACGGUGUCUAAGCCGCUCAGCCCGACCGGGUUUCCUCUAGACGAGCUCCGCUUCCAAAACUGGGUUACGAUUCUCGAAGCGAUGUCAGAUGCCGAGGCAUAUGAGACUGAGAAGGCAAAACUGAUCGAUGAGGCUAUUGAUUCAGGCAAUCCAUUACCAGAAAAACUUCACGCACCUCUGUACCGCAAGUCUUCAAUAACUGAGACUGAUGUGAUGUUUACUUCAAGAGAGGAGCUGCGCCGUCAUAUAUUACGCCUCCGAGGUAUACAUAGGACGCAGAUCGCCUAGUAUUCUUCCGUACUAAUGUCUCGCCGUCGUUUUUGGUGUCAGCAUACCACUGUCAGGAUAGCACCUUUUACCAAUUUGUAAACAUAAAUGUAUCAUAUUACCUGCCAUAUACCCACUGAAUUGAUUAUUUUUUCGCUACG